AUGGGCAUCGAAGAAGUUCGAGUUGUGCCGGUAUGCGGGCUUUGCACCUGCUUGUCUCUGGUGAUUUUCACUUGUGUUGCAGUGCCGAUGUCCAUCAAGGCGAUGGAGCAAGGAAGGCACUCUGUGCAACUGCAGUGGAUGACACAGAACAUCCUUGACGAGGUGAUCACAGCCCCUGGCCUUAAGUGGGUCGGCCUCGGGAACUACCUCAUCGAGUUUCCUGCGACCUUUAACACCAUGUACUUCAUUCAAGAUGGACGAGGAGUUGCUGGAGCAUCUGUGCCUGAGCUUUUUGAGCCGAUGUUGCGUGGACCUAUUCGUGCCCGCUCAGCAGAUGGGUUGGAGAUGCUGGUGUCGGUGUCAUUUCAGUGGAGGCUGAGGUCAGAAGCGCUGAAGGACCUUUACAACAUCCUCGGAGAGACCAUGUACAGGGAUGAGUUUGUUCGCUUCGCCCGCGCAGCCAUCAUUGAGUCCUGCUCAUUGUUCGCGGCUGAUCAAUACUUCACGGAGCGCACCACAAUUACGGCGAAGAUGCUGGAGGUGCUGGCAUCAAACUUUGACAAGCCAGAGCUUGGACUCAGAAUGGAGAUUACAGGUCUUCAGCUGAGAGAGGUAGAUUUGCCUGAUGAGUAUGACGAUGAGAUCGAGAAUACACAAGAGCAAAUGCAGGAGGUGGAGGUGGGCAAAGCGGAACGUCAGGAGCAAAUCAUCAUCAAGGAGGCAGAGAAGCUGGUUGCGAUUCAGCAGGUCGAGGAGGUGAUCAGGGCUGCAAGAGGGCUGGCCCGGAGAGUUGAGCUCCAAAACCAGGCAACCAUCACUCAGCUCAAGCUGGUUCAGCAGAAGCAAGCGGAGGCAAACGCAGCGAUCCUCCAGCAGUUCGCAAAUGAGACGCAGCCGUUUCAAAGGCUCUUCGAACUCAUGGAGAUUCGCGCUCUUGAAGAUCAUGAGGCAACCAAGAUGGCAGUGAGCAUGUGA